AGGUUCAGCAGGUAGACUCACAGCGGCAGACUGAACCAGAACACACAUCCGGGGAUGAUCCAGUGAUCCUUGGCGGCCUCCAGCAGCUCCUCUAUCCGCUCCGAACAUGAAGCUGGCGGUAGCUCUGGUCGUCCUCAGCGUGACCGUCAUGGUCGUCAUGAUCGCUCAGACUCUGCGCCAGGAACUGACUCUGCGCGAACUGAAAACGCGCAUUUCGGCGAGCGCCUCGGAGGUGAAGAUGAAGGAGGAGGCUAUAGUCGAGGUGAAAGUCAAACUCCAGGAGCUGAAACAGUCCCUGAUGUCUUUGGAGACCAAGGUGGAAGAAGUGAAGAAGAGAAAGACAGAUGCGGAAAACUCUGAGCAGGAACUUCUUACUAGUCUGCAGACCUGCAACACUCAGCGGGAGCAGACAAAAGUGAAGCAUUCAGACUUGGCAGAAUCUGUGAACAAGCUCAAAGCUGAUCAUGAAGAGGCUAAAUCUAAAGCUCAGCACGACAUUCAGAAUUUGAAGCAACAGAUUCUGGACAGAGACAAAGCGGUCUGUGCCUUUGCAGACACGACCAAGGAUGAAGCACGGAGGCUGUGUGGACUCUAAUGGAAUCAAAAUCAAGAAACACUGACUGUAAAUUGUUUAAAAAAAAAGAUGCAUUCAAGUACAUAUCUAGUAUGUGGGUUGGUGAAAGAAUGUCCGUGCAUCCAUUUAUAGGACGCUGACGCGUGGGAUGGAGAAACGGUUUCAUGUCAUUUUGUAAUGCGACUGUGUUAGAACCAGUUUGUCUUUGUACAACACUUGUACAUUAUAGGAUUCACAAAUAAAUGAAGUCAUGUGGACUUAUUACCAACAACAGUUUCACGUGAGCUGCAUGAGUCUUCAUGCCCGAGGCGUUUGGACUGUUUGAAACCUGAGAGACUGCCACAGCCAGGAAAGCACAAGAUCAUCAAAUUAAUCUCUCACUGGAUUCACUUCUUAGUCUUUAUGGAAAUAUGACUUAUUUCAGGUGUUAGAGUGUGGAAAUGUUGUUUGAAUAUUGAAUAAAUGGGACUGAACCAUC